ACAAAACUAUUGUCUCUCGCUGGCAGAGUAGCCCACGUUUGCGAGCUCUUUCUUCUUUCUUUCUUUCUUUUUUUUUUUCUAGCUCUGGCCAAUCACGCGGCGAUACAUACUCGCGCGCAAGCAAGCCCGCUCUGGUGAUCAGCGGCCGAGCGCGGUAAGCUCGAGUGGUCAACCUCCUCGCCUAGCUCCCAGCCACCGCCACCCAUGCCGGCCGGCGCCACGGUAGCGGCCGUCGCGCCGCCUCGGCCGCUCCCCGUCCGCGCGGCGCGGCGCAGGCGGGCCCCGACGCGGUGUCUCGCGUCCGCCGAGACCGGAGCGCCGUGGCCGCGCGGCGCGGCGUCGCUGGAGGCAAGGAAAAGAGGGGUGAGGGAGUACGUUGAGGCGGCGCGGGAGAUGGCGUGGCGGCGGGGCGGCGGGCCGCCGCGGUGGUUCUCGCCGCUCGAGUGUGCCGGCGGCGGGCGCGUCCCCGGCGCGCCCACGCUGCUCUACCUGCCCGGAAUUGACGGAGUUGGUUUAGGACUUAUCCGACACCAUGAGAGUUUGGCAAAGAUGUUUGAGUUGUGGUGCUUGCAUAUACCAGUUGAAGAUCGCACGCCCUUCGAAGGACUAGUUGAGUAUGUGGAGAGGACGGUGAAAUCAGAGAGCUCAUGGGCACCAGACAGACCAGUCUAUCUUGUUGGAGAGUCAGUAGGAGCAUGCAUUGCUCUAGCCGUGGCAGCGCGAAACCCAGACAUUGAUCUGGUACUGAUCCUAGUCAACCCAGGGACAUCAUUCCAUAAGUCACAGCUGCAGACUUUCUCAGCCUUCUUGGAUUUGGUCCCUGAACCCUUCCACUUGACCACUCCACAGCUGCUAAAUUUUCUGACAGGAAACUUUCUGAAGAUGCCAUCAAAUGUUGUUGGACGUGGUCUUUCUCUUGAAGAAGCUGGUCAGACAUUAUCAGAGAUCACCUCCAGUUUGUUGCCUACCCUUAUGUUUUUGGUUGAUAUUUUGACCAAGGAAUCUAUUGUUUGGAAGUUGAAAAUGUUGAGAACAGCAUCAUCAUUUGUCAAUUCCCGUUUACAUGCAGUCAAAGCCCAGACUUUGGUACUUGCCAGUGGAAAUGAUGAACUGCUGCCAAGCAGCGAAGAGGCUGAGCGGCUACGUGGCACUCUAGAGAAAUGCAGAACACGUCUUUUCAGAGAUAAUGGCCACAAAAUCUUACUGGAAGCUGAAUUUGAUCUCGCGACAACCAUCAAAGGAGCUGGGUACUAUCGCCGCUCCAGGAAGACGGACUUCGUUUCGGACUAUUUACCGCCAACUCCUGAUGAGCUCCAACAGGUUAUCAAUCGCUACAGGAUCCUAAACUUUGUCACCGACCCAGUGAUGCUAUCAACACUGCCUGAUGGGAAGAUAGUGAGGGGCCUGGCAGGGCUGCCAAGGGAGGGUCCUGCCGUGCUGGUUGGGUACCACAUGCUCCUGGGGUUUGAGCUUGGACCCAUGGUCACAGGGGUGCUGAGCAGUACAGGAAUCCACAUCCGGGGCCUGGCUCACCCCUUCAUGUUCGACAAGAACACCGAGCGGCUCAUGCCGGACCCAGCGCACUUUGAUCUGCACCGGAUCAUGGGCAUUGUGCCGGUCACGGGGACCAAUUUUUACAAGCUCCUGGCAGAGAAGCAGUUUGUGCUCCUGUACCCAGGAGGCGCCCGGGAAGCGCUUCACAGGAAGGGAGAGGAGUACAAGUUGUUCUGGCCUGAGCAGCCUGAAUUCGUGAGAAUGGCAUCAAGGUUUGGAGCAACAAUCAUACCAUUUGGAGUAGUUGGAGAAGAUGAUAUAUGCGAUUUGUUGUUAGACUACAAUGAUCUUCUGAAGCUUCCCUUCUAUGACAUCCUCGAUAAGGCGCUAAAUCAAGAUGGCCUGAAGCUAAGGACUGAUUCGACGGGGGAGCUAAAAGAUCAAGGAAUGCACCCCAUAGCGGUUGCGCCAAAGGUACCAGGGAGGUUUUAUUUCAUCUUUGGAAAGCCUAUUGAAACAAGAGGGAGAGAGGAGCUAAGGGGCAAAGAGAAGGCACGUGACCUCUAUUUGCAUGUCAAAUCUGAAGUGGAGACCUGCAUCAGCUAUCUGAAGGAGAAAAGAGAAGAGGACCCCUACAGGAGUAUACUGCCCAGGCUUCUCUAUCAGGCAGUUCAUGGUCCCAAUGCAGAAGUACCCACAUUUGAACCAUGAGAUGCUCACUUCGAGAAUACCAUUAGUUAGAAUCCACAUCAAAUGUUUAUAUUAUUCUUAUAUUGUUUUUAUUUACAAAAUUGUUUGUUACCAUCACCCUCAAAAGAAUUCUGUUCACCGAUUUUCUUGUAGUUUAUUUAUACCAUGGAGGUCAAUAAAAUUCAGUUCAUAAUUGUAAA